AUGCAGUUCCAAGGCGCCGCACAACCGCAUCAGGGAGGAUUCCGGGGCCCACGUCCGGAGAAAAACGACUUCUAUGUUGGCCAACCGGGCAACAAACCGCCACAUUUCAUGAACAAGCAGGGCCCGCCCUCGAUUCCCCCUUUCAAUGCGAACGCGUUCGGUGGACCGAAACCGAUGUACCAACAGAACGCGGUGAACGGCGUCGGUCCGGGCGGAUUUAACAAGUUCGGCGGCGGUGGUCGUGUGUUCGGUGGUCAGCCAGGAGCAACUAUGCCCAAGAAAGACUUCGGUGGACCCAAGAUGUACGGACCGGGAGGUAGCAAACCGUACGGCGAAGAAAAGCCCUUUGACACCUUCGGUGGUCCGAAGAAGUACCACAGCUCGAAUCCGGGCAUGGGGAACGGAUACGGAGGUGGUAUGGGAAAUCGCAACGGGUUUGGACCUCGCUCGGACUAUAACGGUUUCAACAAGGACGAUCGCGCCAAGAUUCAAUCAUUGAAGGCCAAGUACCCGGGACAGAACCUGAUGAAGCCUAUGUGGGAAAAUUUGGAGCCUUUCCAGAAGGACUUCUAUGUGCCGCAUCCGAAUGUUAUGGCACGGCCGACCGAGGAAGUGCAAACCUUCCGGGAACAAAUGCAAAUCACGGUGAUGGGUAACAACGUUCCGCACCCGUGUCAGAAUUUCGAGGAAGGCAACUUCCCGGAGUAUGUAAUGACGGAAAUCAAGAAGCAAGGAUUUCCGCGUCCGACUGCGAUUCAAUCGCAGGGUUGGCCGAUUGCACUCAGCGGCCGUGACAUGGUUGGCAUUGCGCAGACCGGUUCGGGCAAAACGCUCGCCUACAUGCUGCCAGGUCUGGUGCAUAUUUCCCACCAGAAGCAGCUGACCCGUGGUGAGGGACCAAUUGUGUUGGUGCUUGCGCCCACGCGUGAGCUAGCCCAACAGAUCCAGACCGUCGUUCGCGAUUUUGGCAAUCACUCGAAGCCCAACAUUCGCUACACCUGUGUUUUCGGCGGAGCACUAAAAGGACCUCAGGUGCGCGAUUUAGAACGCGGUGUUGAAGUGGUUAUUGCUACUCCGGGACGACUGAUCGAUUUCCUUGAGCGUGGCAUCACUAACCUCCGACGAUGCACGUAUCUUGUGCUGGACGAAGCUGACCGUAUGCUGGACAUGGGCUUCGAACCUCAGAUUCGCAAGAUCGUUGAACAGAUUCGUCCCGAUCGACAGGUACUGAUGUGGUCCGCAACGUGGCCAAAGGAAGUGCAGACGCUGGCGGAAGAUUUCUUGCGCGAUUACAUUCAAAUCAACAUUGGUUCGCUCAGCCUUGCGGCAAAUCACAACAUCCACCAAAUUGUGGAUGUGUGCGAGGAGAACGAGAAGGAAAGCAAGCUGUUGAAACUGCUAAAGGAAAUCGCAACCUCGGAUGCAACGAACAAAAUUAUCAUCUUCGUUGAAACGAAAAAGAAGGUCGAUGAUUUGUUGAAGAAUAUUGUGCGUGAUGGCUACGGAGCGACGUCAAUUCACGGUGACAAGAGCCAGACCGAGCGUGACUACGUGCUGCAGGACUUCCGGCACGGUAAGAGCACCAUUCUGGUGGCAACGGACGUGGCGGCGCGAGGGCUCGACGUGGAGGACGUAAAGUACGUCAUCAACUUCGACUAUCCGAACUCGUCGGAAGAUUAUAUCCAUCGCAUUGGGCGCACGGGACGCUGCUCGCAGUACGGCACUGCUUACACUUUCUUCACACCAAACAACGGACGCCAGGCACGAGAGCUGCUGUCCGUGCUGGAGGAAGCCGGUCAGCAGCCAACGGUGGAGCUGAUCGAGAUGGCGAAACAGGCACCGGGCGGUAAGGGCGGUCGGCUGCGGUACUCAACGCGGGGCAGCUACGGUGGUGGAAGCAGUAUGAGCAGCUAUCAGCGACGUCCACCAUUCAACGGUGGCGGUGGAUUCGGCGGACCCCCCAAAUUCGGUGGAAUGCAGAACGGACCCAUGGGCAUGGGCGGAGGCAACAAGUUUGGUGGAAUGCCGAAUAAGUUCCGCGACGGUGGUAUGUAUCGUGGUGAGAACAACUGGAAUAAGGGUCCGAAUGGACCGGCAAUGAUGGGCGGCCCGGGAGGUUAUCAGUCCCACUCGCCGCAAUCGCCACAGGCUGCCGCCGCCGCUGUUGCAGCUGCUUCCGGUCAACAGAUGUACGAGCCACCGCAAGCGCAGCUCCGCACUUACCAUCCGAAGAACAUCUACCCAGGACAAUAUGACGAUUAUACUACAGCUCUGUUUGCUGGUGGCGCCGCAGCGGCCGCUCCGGGUGGAGGCAUGCGCUACUAUCAGAAUAAAGCCCAUCAGGGAGGUCCUGGAGGCAUGCAGCCUGGCUCCCAACCCGGUGGACGGUACAAUCCGAACGGUGGGCAGUUCAACAUGGACGGCACGAUGAAACCUAACAAUGGCCGCGGAGCUUACCCACCGAAGCAACAGUAUAACAACAGCUACGCGGCUGGUCCGGGUAAUCCCAGUCAUCAGUAUCCGCAGCUGGCCGCAGCCGCUGCUGCCGUUGCGGCCGCUGGACAGACCAUUCCCACAGCGGCUCCUGCUGGAUUCACUGGAUUCGAUCCGACCGGCGGGCUGCAGUAUCAGGCGUCCUAUCCGAUAACGGCGGCAACGGCCACUUACUAUCCGUAUCCAGCGGCGACUGCACCGCCCCCGCCACCGCAGGCUCAAGCAGCUCCAGUCGUACCGCCGGUUCAGCAAUAA